AUGGUGCCUGCGAUGGAAAAGUUAGAUAUUCAUUCAACUUCUGAAGCUUUUGAGGAUUACUUUGAAAGGUUCGAAAUCUGGGCUGUGACCGAGAAAGAUGAUGAGGAUGCUAAUACUGUGGCACAUUUCCUCACAUUCAUCGGAAAAGAACCGUACAGCUUAUUAAAAACUCUGGCUAUGCCGGAAAAGCCUAUCUCGCUUCCUUAUACAACUCUCAAGGAACUGCUGCUGGACUAUGUUAAUUAUACAAAUUUUGAAUGCAGUACAAGAGGGAGAUCUCGUAAAAUAGUUCAUGACGAUAUAAAAAAUUCUACUACAUUACUUCAUUAUCCCUAUCCAGUGCAUACUCAAUGCUAUGCAGAUGAUUCAUUGAGGAGUUGCAAUGCAUUUCACGAAGAUGGGCACAUGUUUGGUCAGUGUUUGUCCUGUGGCAUGUUCCACUCUCUUAAUUCAU